CCUGUGUGUUGUGCCUAGGCCCCCAUCGUGGGGAGAGUUUGGGUCAUCUCAGCAGCUGCAUCAUGGUGAGGGAGGGCCAGCUCUCCACAGAUAGGGAGAAGUGGCUGGCCUUUGUUAGUGAUAGGCCGCUGUCCUCAGGCGGGGAGGAGUCGCUGGCCAUGAUUACAGGUCUGCAGCACCAAAGAGUUCUACAGUUACCAAUUUGAGUGACAUAGUGGACUGUCCAUUGCAGUAACAGAAAACGGAUUUAUGUGUGGAGCAUGGCUUCUCCCUGCAGACCAGAAGAAGAGGAACAGUGUGCUCUGUACACUGCAGGGGAAAACAGACUAGACAAUAGCUUGAUCACAGACUGAAGUUGAAAGCAGUGAGCUGCAGGGGUCUCCAUUACAAAGAAGGACUGAUGGGGCAGAAUGCAGUGAUGUAUGAUGAUGUGCAUGUUGACUUCACUCAAGAAGAGUGGGCUUUGCUGGAUCCUUCUCAAAAGAGUCUCUACAAAGAUGUGAUGCUGGAAACCUACAGGAACCUCACUUCUAUAGGCAUAAAAGAAAUCAUACUGAAGAGAAAUAUUCUGAAUAUACUCAAAGUGUUAAUGCAUAUGCAUAUCAUAAUCAUCUUCAAAGGAAUGAAAGAAUCCAUACUGGAGAGAAACCCUAUGAAUGCAACCAAUGUGGGAAAGCCUUUGAAUGUCACAACCAUCUUCAAAUGCAUAAAAGAACACAUACUGGAGAGAAAUCCUAUGAAUGUAAUCAAUGUGGGAAAGCCUUUUCACAAGAGAGUCAUCUCCAAGUUCAUAAAAGAAUUCACACUGGAGAGAAACCCUGUAGAUGUAAUCAAUAUAGGAAAGCCUUUUCACAAAAUGGUAAUCUUUAAAUACAUAAAAGAACACAUACUAGAGAGAAACCCUAUGAAUGUAAUCAAUGUCAGAAAGUCUUUGCAUGUAACAGUAAACUCCAAAUACAUAAAAGAACUUAUACUGGAGGGAAACCCUAUGAAUUUAAACAAUGUAGGAAAGCCUUUGUACAUCACUUCAGUAUUUGAAAUCCUGAGAAAAAAAAUCAUAUUGCAGAGAAACCAUAAAAAUGUAUUCAUGGUGGUAGGGUUUUGCACUUCAUGGUAGUCUUUAUACAAGAGUAAAACUUUUACUGUGCAAUCAUUCUGUUAAAGCCUGUGCAUAUCACAAUAGUCUUUGAAGACCUGAAAAAAUUCAUACUGAAGGUAAUCUGGCUAUAAAGGAUUUGUUAAAAUCUUUAGCCAACACAUUUAACUUACAUGAGAGUAUGUAUUCUGGAGGAAAAAAAUCUGACAAAGUCAACAAUCUGUUAAAGCAGUAUAAUGACUGUCCUUAUUUUGUUUGUACCUGCCCUACAAAUCUAAAUGAUAAAAUAACCCUUUUAGAUUUUAGACAUCUCUUCAAUGACAUGGAAUAACUAAUUCAUGUACAAAACUUAUGGAUGUGUAUUUGUGCUUUUUCUGUUGUUGUGAUUAAAACAUAAUAUCCA